CCUACUUGCAGUAAACUACCUGACCCCGAGUCAUAGCGCUGGCAUUCACAACCACACUGACUGACUUGUCUUGAACCAACACGGAGCAGGAUUCACGAGUCAAACUUCUUUUCACGUGGAUAGUCGAGUAAGACAAUUCAAGUGGAACUUUAUUUUAGUUUUUGAAGCCUACUCUGGGCGCUAGGGAGAGAGCGGCUGUGUUGGGUGAGUGAAGAAAGCAUAACAAGACACGAAUGGUUGACGAUUUACAAAUACGCCUGUUGUGAAAGACGUUCUGCUGCUGUGUUAAAUGUUUGAUUUCAGAGCUCUACAAGGCAGAGAGAGAGAAGGGGGUAGAAUAGGAGUGGGAGGUCAGUUGGUGGAGUCGAGGUAGGAACACGGGAGAAUGGAGGUGCAGGUGCCAGGAAUGCAGGUAAGAACAAACUCUGCUAUCAAACCGUUUUAUCCGUUCGUGUUUGGAUUUUUACUCUGAUGUAUAACGUUGAUCUGUGAACUGUUGCUGGGCUUUUUGCGAGUUUGUAGUAAGAAGCACAGUAGACUAGACACACAGGUGGACGAGGACAGGUGAAUGACAUACCGUAGCGCAUCGCCAGAACUAGACGUAGCCUACAGCUUUUGAGCUUUUGAAGUAGCCAAUAGAAAUUGAACAUCGAAUUGACUGUCCAGCUGCCUGCAGUGAUCUCUUUCUAACUGAUGUAACGUAUUAGGGCCGCACCUGUUUUGCCUUGCAUUUAAUGUUCUAUCUUGUCUGCUAAAUGGCAUAUCAUAUCAUAUCAUAUCAUAUCAUAUUGUAUGACUGACUAUACAGCCGGAGGAGAGGGUCGUGGGUGUGUUCAGUGGCUCAUUGUAACGUCACCAAGUGACACGCCUUUGUUAGUGUAUUGUUGUCUGUUAUAAUAUGUCCCAUUAUGACAUCACUGUCAUAGAACUCUUAAACGGUUCACUUCUGUGUUACUUCUGGUGCAGCAUGGAGCCAGACACAGUUAUUUAUUGCGAACAAAUAGGAUGGACUGUAUGUAUCGGGGGAAGUGUGUGUGUGUGUGUGUGUGUGUGUGUGUGUGUGUGUGUGUGUGUGUGUGGUGUGUGUGUGUGUUGUGUGUGUGUGGUUUGGGGUCCCUUCCCUUGCCCGUGUGUUUUCCUUUUCCCCCUUUUCCCCGCUGGGGGUUCCCUCUUGGGUUCGGGGCGUGUGCUCUUGUGUCGUGCCCUUGCCUGCAGUGUGUUUCCUCCUUCCUCCAGCUGGGUGACCCUGAGCUAGGGUCUACGGGUCAGUGUGCUCUGUGUGUACAUGCCCUUGCCUGCAGUGUGUUUCCUCCUUCCUCCAGCUGGGUGACCCUGAGCUAGGGUCUACGGGUCAGUGUGCUCUGUGUGUACAGCCCUUGCCUGCAGUGGUUUUCCCUCCUUCCUCCAGCUGGGUGCCCUGAGCUAGGGUCAAAGGGGUCAGUUGUGCUCUGUGUGUACAUGCCCUUGCCUGCAGUGUGUUUCCUCCUUCCUCCAGCUGGGUGACCCUAAGCUAGGGUCUAAGGGUCAGUGUGGGUGACCCUAAGCUAGGGUCAGGGGGUCAGUGGGGGUGACCCUAAGCUAGGGUCUACGGGUCAGUGUGGGUGACCCUAACUAGGGUCUACGGUCAGUGUGGGUGGACCCUAAGCUAGGGUCUAAGGUCAGUGUGGGUUACCCUAAGCUAGGGUCUAAGGGUCAGUGGUGCUCUUCCUCCAGCUGGGUGACCCUAAGCUAGGGUCUAAGGGUCAGUGUGGGUGACCCUAAGCUAGGGUCUAACGGGUCAGUGUGGGUGACCCUAAGCUAGGGUCUAAGGGUCAGUGGUGGGUGACCCUAAAGCUAAGGGUCUACGGGGUCGUGUGGGUGACCCUAAGCUAGGGUCUACGGGUUCAGUGUGGGUGACCCUGGCUAGGGUCUACGGGUCAGUGUGGGUGACCCUAAGCUAGGGUCUAAGGGUCAGUGUGGGUGACCCUAAGCUAGGGUCUAAGGGUCAGUGUGGGUGACCCUAAGCUAGGGUCUAAGGGUCAGUGUGGGUGACCCUGAGCUAGGGUCUAAGGGUCAGUGUGCUCUGUGAUAAAACACCGUCCGGAUGCAUCCCAAAUGGCACUCUGUUCCCUACGUAGCGCACCACUUUUCAAAAGUAGUCCACUAGGGAAUUGGGUUGCCACUUGGUAGACGCACUGCUGGACCUUCCGUCUGUAGAUAAGCCUGUCGAUGUGCCCUUAAGCAAGGCACUUAACCCUAAUUGCUCCUGUAAGUCGCUCUGGAUAAGAGCGUCUGCUAAAUGACUAAAAUGUAAUGUAAAUGUAAGCCAACACAUGGCCAUUCAGAUGGAUUCUCUUCACAAAGGGACAUAACAUUUUUGGUAGGAAUUUGUGAUUGAUUGUUAUUCAUGUGAAUUUCUGUUUGAAUUCCAUCCCUCCCUCUGGCUCUCUCUCUCUCUCUCUCUCUCUCUCUCUCUCUCUCUCUCUCUCUCGCUGUCUCUCUCUGUCUCUCUGUGUCUCUCUGUCUCUCUCUCUCCCCCACUCACAAAUUUUGACCCAAGUUCUCAACAGCAGUGUGAAUCACCCUUUAACCCAUACAGUCAUAAAAACGAAGUGUUAUAUUGCAUGAGGAAGUUAUUGGAGAUAUUUCCCUGGAAUAUCUCUCCAAAUAAGUCUGUGAUCCUGUGUCUUCUGCUAUUUGGAGGUCAACAUGUCCGGUUCCUACUGCAAUGGAGUCCUCAUUCAUAUUGUUCCAAAUCUAGAGUGUUUUGUCUUUAUGACAUCACAUAAAUCUGUGUUUAGGACUGUGAUGUCACAAAGGGCUCUGAUUAUGACAUCAUAAAAGCUGUUGAACUUUCCUUCGCCUCCCCAUUAUAUAAAUGGUUUAUUACUGACACUAGAAAGUAUGAAGAGAGAACGCAAAGUCCAAGCUCUCGCUCUCUAUCUGGAUUUUAUAGGGAAAUGCGAUUGGUAGCUCUGUUAUGUCACAAUGGGUAUUUGCAUAGCAGUCUGCCGUACUCCCCCCCAUUGGCUACAGCAGGUGUAUAAAAGAAGCUGGUUAUUUUUAACCUUGGUCAGACCACUACAGGUGCUGAGCUGAACACAGCUCCUGCUGCAAGCUGCAGUCUGUAAUUCAAACAACAACAAAACAUCCACCCUGAUGUUUUUGAUACUUUUAAACAACGUUUUGAAGCUGCAAAGUCUUUCUUUACAAUAGCAUUGUUUACAAACAGUGGACUAAAUAAAACUAAGCUUAUAUUUUUGGUUUCUGAUGGGGUUAGACAAUUGAACUAAGUUUUGUUUAGUUAUAUAUUAAUUUAGAAGGGAAACCUCACCCUAUAACCCACAGUUAUAUGUUAUUCUACUCUAUUUCACCAAGCAGAUCAAUAGUUGCUGGAUACUUUAACCGCACUGAGUUAGCUGGAACUUAGACCGCAGACACUGAGUUCUGAUACUAGACCGUCACGAGUUAGCUGAUACUUUAACGCAGGAUCCUGGUUACUGUAACUUUGACCGCAGGACACUGUUACUGGUACUUUAGCCGCAGAUCACUGAGUUGCUGAUCUUUAGACCGCAGUCCUGAGUACUGGUACUUUAGACCGCGAUCACUGAGUUACUGUAGACUUUAGACGCAGGAUCACAGAUUAGCCGGAUCUUUGACCAGAUCACUGGUUGACCGAUAACUUACCGCAGGAAUGAUUGCUGGAACUUUAACCGCAAUACUGAUAGCUGGAUAACUUGACCGCAGAUCCACGUACUGGAUACUUAACCGCAGGACACGAUUAUCCGAUACUUUAGACGCAGUCCUAUUACCGGAAACUUAAGCGCAGGAUCACUGAGUUAGCGGAUACUUAACGCGACACUAUUACCGAUAACUUUAGACCGCAGGAUCACUGAGUUAGCUGGAUAACUUUAGACCGCAGGAUCACUGAGUUAGCUGGAUAACUUUAGACCGCAGGAUCACUGAGUUAGCUGGAUAACUUUAGACCGCAGGAUCACUGAGUUAGCUGGAUAACUUUAGACCGCAGGUCCUGAGUAGCUGAUAACUUUAGACCGCAGGAUCACUGAGUUAGCUGAUGCUUUAGACCGCAGGAUCACUGAGUUAGCUGGAUAACUUUAGACCAAAACUAAAGAACCUCUACAGUGAUUAUGGGCAACCUCUUCUACUCCGCUAUUCUAUUUCACUAAACAAACCUAGGCUUUUUUGGUGAAGAACAGAACAAAGCAGAAACAAGCUACAGUUGAAGACUGGUUAGUAAGGGUCAGCUGAUGUCUCUUUCAGGUUAUUAGAGAACUACAUGGGAAUAUAUUUAGACCUAUUAUUAGGCGUUCAACAACGCGUGUUCUUCCCCCCAAAAUCCCCACAACGAUAGUAAAACAAGGGAAAUUCUACCUUGUGGGGAUAUUUCCCACGUCCCAAUGAGGACAGAGGAUAUUUUAAGUUUAGAGUUAGGGUUAGGGGUUAGGGGUUAAGCAAAAUAGGAUUUUGAAUGGAAAGACAUUGUAGGUCCCCAUGACGAUAGAAGAACAUAACAGUGUGUGUGUGUGUGUAUGUGUGUGUGUGUGUGUGUGUGUGUGUCACAGUGUGGUGCUAGCAUAAGAAGAGAGGACACACACAUGAGAAGGAUGCAGACAUGUUAACACACACUGAAUGUUCAACACCAACAAAUCUAUCCCCCAAUCCCCCACUGCCCCAAAAAACCCCAAAAAUCACCCAUUUGUCCUAAAACACUCUCCCCCAUUCCCCUAAACACCAACUCCCCCACUGCCCCUAAACCCCCUAAUCCCCCCCUGCCCCUUAAACCCCUAACCCCCACUGCCCUAAACACCUAACUACCCACUUCCUAAAACCAAAACCACCCCGUCCUAAACCCCCUACCCCCCACUGCCCUAAACACCUAACUCACCCACUGUCCUAAACACCUAACUCACCCACUGUCCUAAACACCUAACUCCCACCGUCGUCCUGAUGAGAGAGAGAAGGGAGGAGAGAGCGACAGGGAGGGAGAGCCAGGAGAGACGGGGAGAGAGAACAGGACGAGAGAGAGACGAAAGAGAAGCCCAGAGAGAAAAAGAGCACAGGAGACAGAGAGACAGAAGGAGAGAGAAACCAGGUAAACACUCACGUCGCCUAGAGUCUUGAAGAGCAGGAGAGAGAAGAGAGUGGGACAUAAGACCAGCAAAGUUUAUAUGAGAGAAGAAGACAAGAAAGACGGAUAGAAGAUGAAAGAGAGGGACCUAGCGAGCAGAAAGAGUGAAGUUGUUAAGAAGAAAGUUAGAAAGAGAAAACAGCCACAAAUACAGGGAAGAAACAGGAGGAAACCCUCCGCCAAAAUAAAGGGACAAAAAAACCCCACAAGAACCGCAUCAAACAAACGAAACGGAGACAAAAAAACAAAAAGAGCAAAAGUCCUCCGCAACAAGACCCCCAAAAACCGUACACACACCCCAAAAACAACCCAAAAGCCAAAACCCCCGAACAAGACCCAGCCACACACCCCCCCCCUCCCACACGUCCCCAAACCCCAACAGAGCACCAACAAACCCAAACCAAAAAAAGAAAAGACAAACCAAAGGAACUCCGAAAAAAGGGAAAAACAAAAGAGAAAAAGAAAAAUAAAACAAAUAACAAGAACAAAAAAAAAAAAAAGAAAAAAGGGGCCCCAUCAGGCCAAAAACAACAAAAAGCCCCAAAAAAAGACCAAACAAAAAAAGGAACACUAAGCCACCCCAAAACACAUACUAAAAACAACCCCCAAACAUCAAAACCCCAAAGCGCCCCAAACCGCCCAAAACAAACCCCAAACAGACACAAACCAUCCCCUCCCCUCCCCCUCACCCCCCUCCCCCCCUACCCUCCCCGUCUCCCCAUCACCCUCCCCUACCCCCAUCAACCCUUCCCCUUCUCCCCCUCACCUUCUCCCCCCUUCCACCCCCAUCCAAGACCGUCCCAAGGUAGACCCUGAGGAACUUUUCACCAAGUUGGAGCGAAUCGGUAAAGGAUCAUUUGGUGAGGUCUUCAAAGGCAUCGAUAAUCGCACCCAGAGUGUAGUAGCCAUUAAGGUAAGAUGCAGUACUAAGCCAUUAUGAGCAGUGUCCUUCAUAAACAUCACCAAGAAACGUUCAAUAUGUCUAAAAUAUGUUGCUUCUUUAAGACGAUAAAUCUGGAAGAGGCUGAAAUAUGUUGCUUCUUUAAGAUGAUAAAUAUGGAAGAGGCUGAAAUAUGUUGCUUCUUUAAGACGAUAAAUCUGGAAGAGGCUGAAAUAUGUUGCUUCUUUAAGACGAUAGAUCUGGAAGAGGCUGAAGAUGAGAUUGAAGAUAUACAACAGGAGAUCACUGUACUGAGUCAAUGUGACAGUCCCUAUGUCACCAAGUACUAUGGGUCACACCUAAAGGUGAGGAUAGGAACACACACACACACACACACACACACACACACACACACACACACACACACACACACACACAUAUACACACACACACACACACACACAUACACACAUACACACACACACACACACGCAUAUACACACACACGCAUACACACACCACAUACACACACACAUAUACACACACACACACAUACACACACACACACACACUGCAGCUAUAACUCUCUCUCUGUCUCUCAGGGCAGUAAACUAUGGAUCAUCAUGGAGUAUCUAGGUGGGGGUUCAGCUCUGGACUUGGUAAGUGUGUGUGUGUGUGUGUGGAUGGUUACUUUUAUGAAAGUGUGAUCUGUGAUGUGUGUGUGAUGUGUGUGUCCAGUUGCGUGCAGGUCCGUUUGAUGAGUGCCAGAUUGCCACCAUGCUGAAGGAAAUUCUGAAGGGUCUGGAUUAUCUCCACUCAGAGAAGAAGAUACACCGAGAUAUCAAAGGUAGGAGUGUGUGUGUGUUGCUCUUAGUUAAAUGUGGUGUUGCACAGGAGUGUGUAUCUCUGUGUGUGGAGCUAAAACCAGUAGUUUUUUUUUAACCUGCUACACUCACUGGAAGCGUAACUUUUUUGGGGGGCCAGCGUCAACAGAGUGCUUUAUCAAGUGUUGCCACGGCCAUGAGCGUCUUACUUGAAAAUAGUUACUUGAAAAAUAGAUAAUGAUUUAACUAUCAGCGGUGCUUGUGCCCAGGGUUCAUUAUUGUUAACUCACACUGCAAAACUCUAGGGGGUUAAAUAAACGGAACAAAAAAAUAUAAACCCAACAUGUAAAGUGUUGGUCCCAUGUUUCAUGAGCUGAAAUAAAAGAGCCAAGAAAUGUUCCACACGCACAAAAAGCUUAUUUCUCUCAAAUUUUGGGCACAAAUUUGUUUACAUCCCUGUUAGUGAGCAUUUCUCCUUUGCCAAGAUAAUCCAUCCACCUGACAGGUGUGGCAUAUCAAGAAGCUGAUUAAACAGCAUGAUCAUUACACAGGUGCACCUUGUGCUGGGGACAAUAAAAGGACACUCUAAAAUGUACAGUUUUGUCACACAACACAAUGCCACAGAUGUCUCAAGUUUUGAGGGAGUGUGUAAUUGGCAUGCUGACUGCAGGAAUGUCCACCAGAGCUGUUGCCAGAUAAUUGAAUGUUGAUUUCUCUACCAUAAGCCGCCUCAACGUCGUUUUAGAGAAUUUGGCAUUACGUCCAACCGGCCUCACAACCACAGACCACGUGUAUGGUGUUGUUGGGUGAGUGGUUUGAUGAUGUGAACGUUGUUGACAGAGUGCCCCAUGGUGGGGUUAUGGUAUGGGCAGGCAUAAGCUACGGACAACGAACACAAUUGCAUUUUAUUGAUGGCAAUUUGAAUGCACAGAAAUACCGUGACGAGAUCCUGAGGCCCACUGUCGUGCCAUUCAUCUGCCACCAUCACCUCAUGUUUCAGCAUGAUAAUGCACGGCCCCAUGUCGCAAGGAUCUGUACACAAUUCCUGGAAGCUGAAAAUGUUCCAGUUCUUCCAUGGCCUGCAUACUCUCCAGACAUGUCACCCAUUGAGCAUGUUUGGGAUGCUCUGGAUCGACGUGUACGACAGCAUGUUCCAGUUCCCGCCAAUAUCCAGCAACUUGGUACAGCCAUUGAAGAGGAGUGGGACAACAUUCCACAGGCCACAAUCAACAGUCUGAUUAACUUUAUGUGAAGGAGAUCUGUCGCACUGCAUGAGGCAAAUGGUGGUCACAUCAGAUACUGACUGGUUUUCUGAUCCACGCCCCCACCUUUUUUUUAAAGGUAUCUGUGACCAACAGAUGCAUAUCUGUAUUCCCAGUCAUGUGAAAUCCAUAGAUUAGGGCCUAAUGAAUUUAUUUCCAUUUACUGAUUUCAUUAUAUGAACUGUAACUCAGUAAAAUCUUUGAAAUUGUUGCAUGUUGCAUUUGAUAUUUCUGUUCAGGAUAACUCACACUGCAAAAGGGAAAUGUCUCCAGUAAAUGUAUUUGGUGUGUGUCCCUCCCCCUCUCUGUAGCUGCCAAUGUCCUUCUCUCUGAGCACGGGGAGGUGAAGCUAGCAGACUUUGGAGUGGCUGGACAGCUGACAGACACACAGAUAAAGAGGGAGACAUUUGUAGGGACACCAUUCUGGAUGGCACCGGAAGUCAUACAACAGUCUGCUUACGAUCAAAAGGUAGAGAGAGACGCCUCUUUCCUUUGUCUCUCUGAGCUGGUUGGCUUAGGUUGCUUUGUGUCUAGGUAGGUGGUUAGGUUAGGUUGCUUUGUGUCUAGGAGGGUGGUGUGGUUAGGUUGCUUUGUGUCUAGGAGGGGGGUUAGGUUAGGUUGCUUUGUGUCUAGGAGGGGGGGUUAGGUUAGGUUUGCUUUGUGUCUAGGGGGGGUGGUGUGGUUAGGUUGCUUUGUGUCUAGGAGGGGGGUUAGGUUAGGUUGCUUUGUGUCUAGGAGGGUGGUGUGGUUAGGUUGCUUUGUGUCUAGGAGGGGGGUUAGGUUAGGUUGCUUUGUGUCUAGGGGGGUGGUGUGGUUAGGUUGCUUUGUGUCUAGGAGGGGGGUUAGGUUAGGUUGCUUUGUGUCUAGGAGGGGUGGUUAGGUUAGGUUGCUUUGUGUCUAGGUAGGUGGUUAGGUUAGGUUGCUUUUGUGUCUAGGUAGGUGGUUAGGUUAGGUUGCUUUGUGUCUAGGUAGGUGGUUAGGUUAGGUUGCUUUGUGUCUAGGUAGGUGGUUAGGUUAGGUUGCUUUGUGUCUAGGUAGGUGGUUAGGUUAGGUUGCUUUGUGUCUAGGUAGGUGGUUAGGUUAGGUUGCUUGUGUCUAGGUAGGUGGUUAGGUUAGGUUGCUUUGUGUCUAGGUAGGUGGUUAGGUUAGGUUGCUUUGUGUCUAGGAGGGUGGUGUGGUGGUUAGGGUUGCUUUGUGUCUAGGUAGGUGGUUAGGUUAGGUUGCUUGUGUCUAGGUAGGUGGUUUAGGUUAGGUUUGCUUUGUGUCUAGGAGGGGGGUAGGUUUAGGUUGCUUUGUGUCUAGGUAGGUGGUUAGGUAGGUUGCUUUGUGUCUAGGUAGGUGGUUAGGUUAGGUUGCUUUGUGUCUAGGAGGGGGGUUAGGUUAGGUUGCUUUGUGUCUAGGAGGGUGGUUAGUUAGGUUAGGUUGCUUUAUGUCUAGGAGGGUGGUUAGGUUAGGUGCUUUGUUGUCUAGGAGGGGGGUUAGGUUAGGUUGCUUUGUGUCUAGGAGGGGGGUUAGGUUAGGUUGCUUUGUGUCUAGGAGGGGGGUUAGGUUAGGUUGCUUUGUGUCUAGGAGGGGGGUUAGGUUAGGUUGCUUUGUGUCUAGGAGGGUGGUUAGGUUAGGUUGCUUUGUGUCUAGGUAGGUGGUUAGGUUAGGUUGCUUUGUGUCUAGGUAGGUGGUUAGGUUAGGUUGCUUUGUGUCUAGGAGGGGGGUUAGGUUAGGUUGCUUUGUGUCUAGGAGGGUGGUUAGGUUAGGUUGCUUUGUGUCUAGGAGGGUGGUGUGGUUAGGUUGCUUUGUGUCUAGGAGGGGGGUUAGGUUAGGUUGCUUUGUGUCUAGGAGGGGGGUUAGGUUAGGUUGCUUUGUGUCUAGGAGGGUGGUUAGGUUAGGUUGCUUUGUGUCUAGGAGGGUGGUUAGGUUAGGUUGCUUUGUGUCUAGGAGGGGGGUUAGGUUAGGUUGCUUUGUGUCUAGGAGGGUGGUUAGGUUAGGUUGCUUUGUGUCUAGGAGGGGGGUUAGGUUAGGUUGCUUUGUGUCUAGGAGGGGGGUUAGGUUAGGUUGCUUUGUGUCUAGGAGGGGGGUUAGGUUAGGUUGCUUUGUGUCUAGGAGGGGGGUUGGUUAGGUUGCUUUGUGUCUAGGAGGGUGGUUAGGUUAGGUUGCUUUGUGUCUAGGAGGGGGGUUAGGUUAGGUUAGGUUGCUUUGUGUCUAGGAGGGUGGUGUGGUUGAGUCAGUGUGUGUGUAUGUGGUUGAGUCAGUGUGUGUGUGUGUGUGUGUGUGUGUGUGGUUGAGUCAGUGUGUGUGUGUGUGGUUGAGUCAGUGUGUGUGUGUGUGUGUGUGUGUGGUUGAGUCAGUGUGUGUGUGUGUGGUUGAGUCAGUGUGUGUGUGUGUGUGUGGUUGAGUCAGUGUGUGUGUGUGUGUGUGUGUGUGUGUGUGUGUGUGUGUAUGGUUGAGUGUCUAGGAGGGUGGUGUGGUUGAGUCAGUGUGUAUAUGGUUGACCUUUCAACUUUAUAUGCCAUUAAGUGUCAGGGAGGGAGUGAAAGACUUGUGUUUUGUGUGUAAUGGAGUGUAUCUGAAUACUCUGUCAUUAGAGUCCUAUUUAGAGAGAUCCCCCCUUCUCCAGGCUGAUAUCUGGUAUCACUACUCCAGAGAUAAAGGCCAACCUCCUAAUAGUGAUAUGAACCCUGUGGUGGUUGUUGUUUAAAUGUUCAACCCUGUGGUUGUUGUUCUUUUAAAUGUUCAAAUCCUGUGGUGGUUGUUGUUGUUUAAAUGUUCAACCCUGUGGUGGUUGUUGUUCUGUUCAUUCUCCCCACCCCUCUAGGCUGAUAUCUGGUCUUUAGGUAUAACAGCUAUAGAGCUAGCUAAAGGAGAGCCUCCAAACAGUGACAUACACCCUAUGAGGGUUCUCUUCCUGAUCCCGAAGAGCAGUCCCCCCUCCCUCGGGGGAGAUUUCUCCAAGAGCUUCAAGGAGUUCACUGACUCCUGUCUCAAUAAGGAUCCAGUCUUCGUAAGUACAUUGGAAGGGGGGGGGGGGGGGGCGUGUCCAUGGGUUUACUUCCUACCUCUUGUCCUCAUCUCCUUGUCUCUUUCUCAAAAAAAACGAAUUUUGAUGAGAGAAGAUCUGAGGUUGCUCCCUGCUGAUCUUCAUCAAGUGUGAAAGGAUGUUAGGAAUCGAGGAAAUACAAUUGAGAUUCAACCUGUGUGAGAAAUCUUGCUUGUUGCUGCCACCUGUUGGUUGAAUAUAUUUUGCUUCGCUACCCAAUUCUUCUAUUUCUUUUCUCCUACUCUACUCCUUCUCUCUCCUCUUUCUCUCCUACUCUACUCCCUCCCUCUCUCUCCUCUUUCUCUCCUACUCUACUCCCUCCCUCUCUCUCCUCUUUCUCUCCUACUCUACUCCCUCCCUCUCUCUCCUCUUUCUCUCCUACUCUACUCCCUCCCUCCCUCUCCUCUUUCUCUCCUACUCCCUCCCUCCCUCCUCCAGAGACCCUCAGCCGGAGAGUUGUUGAAACAUAAGUUCAUAGUAAAGAACUGCAAGAAGACUUCCUACCUGACUGAACUGAUAGACAGGUUUCAGAGAUGGAAGACUGAAGAACACAGUGAUGACGACUCUAGCUCAGACGACGAUGGGUAGGUCUAGGGGGGUGUGGGGUGGGGUGGGGGGGUGAGGGGGGGGUGUUGUGUGUGUGUAACCCUUUCAUCUCUCUCCUCAGUGAGUCCAGUAACAAGGAGAACAGCCCGUCACAGCCCGAGUGGUCGUUCACCACCGUACGGAAGAAAGAUAAGGACGUCAGGAAGGUGCUCAGUGGAGCGGUCAGUGUGUGUUGGUUGGUUCGUCUGCACAGAGGAUUUCCUUGUUAACAUCCCUAGCUAACCUCUCUCUCUCACGCUCUCCCCCCCCCAGGACCAGGACCAGGACCAGGAGCAGCACUUGAAGUCCAUCAGUAAAGCCACAGUCUUCUCUGAGGUAAAUAUGCUUCAGAUGCAUGUUGAUAUGUUCAGACAGUGUUAUUGGACAUUUCUGAAUGUAUAUGUUGCAGCUGAAGUUUGAUCACCGGGACGGUGCUGAACAGAGGCAUGCUAUAGAGGAGUUGGAGAGAAACAUCCAGCUGGCUGAAGACGUCUGUCCUGGAGUCACAGACAAGAUGGUCGCCAGGAUCAUAGCACGCUUCCAGAAGUAAGUUUCUCUCCUCUCAUCCUCUCUCUCUCUCUCUCUCUCUCUCUCUCCCCCUCUCUCUUCUUCUGAUAAAUCUCUCUCUCUCCCCCCCUCUCUCUCUCUCUUCUAAUAAAUCUCUCUCUCUCUCUCUCAGUUUCACUCCAACAUAAAGGAGAAGAGAUGGAAGGAGAGAGAGAUUGGAGGUAGAUUCCAGCUAAACGAAAGAGGGAAGAAAAGAAGAAAUGUAAAAGUUCAGUCUAGUCAAAAGCUUCGCUGUCUGUCCAAACACACACCCCAGUAA